AUGCAAAAAGCAAUAACACCAAAACAUCUAAGGAGUAGCUCUAGCAACUACUUUUCUUUCAAGCAGUAGAAGCCAUGUCAUUAAAACUAUAAUGUGUAGCAAUAAAACCCUUUCUAGUUUGAAACAUUUGUGACACUUCAAAAUAUAAAUAAAUUCAAAUAAUCAUUUAGCUAAUAGAUCAAGGACUGCAAUCAAAUUUCAUUUGAGGAUCUCUAAAAGCAAGUUUAAUUUAUAGAGUUUAGCGAUUUCAAUAAGAUUUAAGACAACGAAGGAAUUAUUGUCAUACAAGCAUAUUUUAAUGAUGUUGGAGAAUUAGCUAGCAAUAAUUUAGAAAAUUCUACAAUGUUUAGCCAAAGAUUAUAAGAAGUACAACAAAAUAUUACCAGAAACUAUCCUUUUAUGCAAGUUAUAGUUAAAAAACUUUAAGAAAGUGAGUUAACAGAUAACAAAGGAGCAAAGUAUGGGCUUUUUGAGAUUUUCAUGUGCACUUAGUUUAAUUUAGUUGUGAAAAAAGCAGUAAUUUAUUCAAAAGAUCUACUUAUAUAAUUGCCAACAAGUUAAACAGUCUUAUAAAACAUAUAAAAAUGCAUUAGCACAAUCAACUUAAGAGUAAAUGUUACAGUGAACACAUAGGAGAACUUAAAUCCACUCAUUAUUAAAACUCAGUAUUUUAGAUAAAAUAAACCUACUUUAGAAAAUGUUAAAAUUACUCUCACACAAGUCAAAAAGAAACAGUAAGAAAAACAGUAAAACUAAUUUAGUUCACCAUAAUCAAGAAGAGAUGUUCUAAAUUAUGUAAGAUCUUCUGAUAUAAAUGUUUUGAAUUGUAGCAAUCUUAAGAAUACAGAAAAUUAAACAGUUAGGAGUCAUGCUGUAAGCAAUAGCAUAUCCCUUAAAUAGGGAAUACAACUACUUCAAAGUUAAUUAUCAAAUAAAAGUCAAAAUCUUACUUCUAAUUUGAAUUCUACUUCUUUAACUCCAAGAAAUGCUAAAAGUACAAGAUAAAGCUCAGUCUCUAAAAUUGAAAGCGAAGUUUUAUCAAAAUUAACUUUCUCAAGCUGUUCAAAGAAUAUAAGCUAAAAAUAAAAUAUUAUUAAUUACACCUCAACUAUAAAUAAUCAAGGUUAAGCUGAAUUUAGUAAUAUUUUAUGUGAAUUAUAGCUUUAUGAACUUAAAAUACACUCAAGCAGCUACACUAAAGAGUGCACAAUAUAAUUAGACAUAAAUGAUCUCAAAAGAUAGCAAGUUAAUGAUAAACAUUUAGAUUUAGAUAUUCUAAUUGAUAGAAAUGAUAUUUGUACUUGUGAUAUAGUAGUUACUGGGAACUAAAAAGGUAUUAUGUAAAAUGCAAAUGUUUACAUUUCGGAUAGACCUUUCAGCUAAAUCUUUAUUUAAAAUUUGAAUUAAGGAAAAUAGACUGAAGCUAUACAAUUGAAUUUUAAUAGCUAAACAAGAAGAUAUAGCUUUUAUACUCAUCCUGGCUACUACUAUAUUUUAGUGUUUCACUAAAAUUUUUACAUCGAAGAGAGAUAAAUUUAAAUUAAUUAAGGAGAUAAUCCUAAAGUAGAUAUAGAUUUGAAACCUUUAACUAUGGCUCUGAUAAGGCUGAGAGCAUUUGAUAUAAUUAAUCAGUGUAUUGUUCAAAAUGCUGAAAUACUAGUAAAAGACACAUUAGAUAACCUCUUAUACUGUGGAAAGACUAAUGAACUUGGCUUGAUGGAAUGCAAAUUAAAAUUUUCGAGAACAUUUAAAGUAUCUAUCAGUAAAAAUAAUGAGUACAUUUAUUUCUAAUAGAUUGUAUAUUUAGAAAUGAACAGGAUAGCUGAUAAUAACCACACAAUUUACUUAAUACCUAACAGUAUGAUAUAAAAUAAAUAGUUUGAAAUUUUGGCUUAUUUCCCUCAUAAAAAAUUUGAUAUUGAUUUUAAUGUAAGAACUUCAGAUGGAUUUAAUAUCAAUAAAUUUAGUCCUAUCUAAAAAGUAAUUAUUCCUAGCUGCAAUAAUUAAUAUGAUGAGAUUGAGUUCAAUAAUUGUAAAUUAAUUGAGUUUUCUAUUCAAAACGUUGAUAGUAGUAUUGACUAUGAUAUCGAAAUAUAUUCUAAGUCAGGAUUUUCAGAUAAAAAAUGGGAGGAAUACUAAAAAUAGAAUCUUUUCAAUCCUAAUCUGAAUGAAUUAGAGGCUUUUUAACAAUAAAAGAAACCUUUUCAUAAAUCAGCUUUGAACAUGAAUAAUUUUUUUAUUUAAAAAAGAAUUUCUAUUGAUUUAAAUUUAAUAAAACCUUGUAUCGAAAUGCCUAUAGAGAAAAAAGAUUAAUAAAUACUUCUUCCAUAAACAUAUAAAAGCGAGAAUUCCAUUAAAGUAUUUUUCAUCUAUAACAAUUAAAUUCAGCUAUUUAGAGAGAUUAACUAUGAUUAUGUUUAAUAACCAACCUGCAUUGCUUCUUUCAUAAGUACCAGUAAAAUUUUCAUAGAAAAAAUGCAAACGCUCAAUAAGCAAAAAAGAAUUAGCAAUGAUGAAAAUGAAACUCCAUCCUCAUUUUCAAAUUUUUGCAAUUAAACUUAAUCAAAGUUUACACCAAAGAGUAGUCAAAGCGGGAAAAUAUAUAACUUUGUUAGCAUCAAUGACAAAUAAGAAACAUAAAAAUAAGUUAAGUAGCCACUAAGCCAAAGAUUUAUAGAAAAUAAAUUAAUUUGA